AUGCGCGGAGGCGACUACCAAGGAUCCUCGCUGGGCCGCUCCAUCCUCAGCAUCCGGCGAGAACACUUCCAUUCCAUGGACGCCCCCCGGGAGGUCGCCGGCGGAUCGAGGCCGAACCAGGAGAUUGAGUCGUUCCAGAGGCACGUUGCCGACCUUUUCCAUGAUCUCGCCGCUGCCUGCAGCUCCACUGCGGAAUCUGGUGAGGGCCUCUUGUCGCUGUCUUGGAUGCGGAAGCUCCUGGAGGCGUUCCUCGUGUGCCAGGAGGCCUUCAAGGCCAUCGUGCUCAACAACAAGGAGCUCGUCUCCCGGUCCCCUCUCGACCGCCUCGUUGGUGAAUUUUUCGAGCGCAGCGUCAAAGCUUUAGAUGUCUGCAACGCCAUCCGCGACGGGAUCGAGCAGGUCCGGCAGUGGCAGAAGCACCUGGAGAUUGUGCUGGUGGCCCUCAAUCCCUCUCAGAGAACCGUCGGGGAGGGCCAGCUUCGCCGCGCGAAGAAGGCCCUGACGGACCUCACUAUCGCCAUGCUCGACGAGAAGGACGCCGGAGCGGUGCUCUCGCAGCGCAACCGUUCCUUCGGCCGGACCAACAACUCCGGGAAGAAUCACAGCGCAGGGUCCCACUUCCGGUCGCUCUCUUGGAGCGUCUCUCGCUCGUGGUCUGCCGCCCGACAGCUACAGGCCAUUGGCAACAAUCUCGCCCCUCCACGCAACAACGAGAUCAUUGCCUCCGAAGGGCUCGCCAUAGCUGUUUACACUAUGAACGCAGUUCUCCUCUUCGUGAUGUGGGCGCUCGUCGCAGCAAUCCCCUGCCAGGAUCGUGGCCUGCAGAUCCACUUCUCGGUGCCAAGGAACUUCCCUUGGGCCGAGCCGAUGACAUUACUGCACGAUCGGAUUCUGGAGGAAUCCAAGAAGAAGGAUCGCCGGAACUCCAACGGGCUGUUGAAGGAGAUUCACGACGUGGAGAGGUGUUCCCGGCACUUGGCCGAGCUGACAGACCCAAACCAGUUCCCACUGGCGGAGGACAGGGAGACAGAAUUGAGGCAGUCUGUGCAUGAGCUGUAUGAAGUUUGCAAUUCUCUCAAGGACGGACUGGGUCAGCUGGAACGCCAAGUCCGGGAGGUGUUUCACAGGAUCAUCCGCAAUCGGACGGAUUGUCAGGACCAACCUUUAGCCUGA